AUGGCGACGAAUCCGGCCCAAGAAUCCUCCUCAUCGGUGGAGGUCGAAUCCGCCGACAAUGCGAACCUCGAUCCUCGACUCAGAGAUAUCAUCGGCAAGGACCAAGCAGCUACAGGCUUGCACCUUCUGAAGUACGGCACAUUCUCCGACUUGAUCAUCACCUGCCAAGGGACGACUUUCAAAGUUCAUAGGUUGUAUCUACUCGCGAAAGGGGGGAAUUUCUUUCAAGCUGCGAUCUGUGGAGGAUUCGCCGAAAGCCACACACACACUAUCGACCUUCCAGAAGAUGAGCCAGAGAUGGUUGCGAGGGUUCUGCUGCAUAUCUACACUGGUCAAUAUGAAUCAGGGUGUGCGGAAGAGCCUGACUCUCAGCUUCCCCACUUAGACAAUAUCGCAUCCGCCACAGUGCAGUCCUCUCAAAGCGACCGCCACAAUCAUGAGCGCAACGAUAACAGCCAGGGUGACGAUGGCGACGAGAAGGACGAGGUUAAACCACCUAAGCUCAACUCAGGGAACGUGAUGAUCCACGUCAAAAUGUUUGCAGUCGCUGUCAAAUAUGGCAUACCGGGCCUCCGAGAUCAGGCGCGCAAGGCGUUUGCUGGAACAUUCAGUUGCUGGUCCGAUGUUUGGUGCUUAGACAAACUACCCAAGGUUGAAGAAAUCAUCACUGCUGUCUACAGAACGACACCGUCACAAGAAAGAGAGCUCAGAGAUCUGUGCGUUGUCCAAGCGUUGGUAGAGAUGAUCAAGUGCAAGUCGUGCAAAGGGACUGGCAGCCGCUCUCUGCUGAAGAGUCUUGAGGAUGUUCCAGAGUUCGGCGCGGACUUGGCCUGCUACCGACUUGGUGAUCCCAAUCGGAAGGGUGAUCUUGCAUAUCAGUGUUCGGAAUGCUAUGCCGAAGUCGCAUGGAUCAUCGGCCCCUGCGCUUGCAGGAAAUGGGGUGGUAACAUUUGCAUGGAGGUCGCUUGUGUAAAUGCUCGCCGAGCUGCUACGGUCUGCUACGAGUGUGGAGCUAAGGGAACCCUGCUGCACAAGGUAGCGCACAGAACAAGAUAG